AUGGCAACAAUUCGACAUGGUAUGCCUGCUCCCCUUUCCGUCUUGGGCAACGUUGAUAUGCCCGUCUCCACCAGCUCCAGCCUUGGCCUCUCGAUUGCUGGAUCUAAUCUGUGGCUCCCGCAGGUAUUAUUUAAGAGGAAACCCGUGGUUAUCCCGCCGCCCCAGGAUAUCAGGGAUAAGAAUGCACAGGUUUGUCUCCCGCGCCGCCGCCGAGUACAUCAUUUUAUCUUGGUCAUUGUCCUUGGGAUGUACCUCUCUAGGAUCGACUUCUACAAACAGAGUGAGCAAGCUGGAGUCGUCACGGUCGAGAUUUAUACCGGAGAGAAGCUCCAGGGUAUCGUUAGGGAUAAGACGCGAUUCGGAAGCAAACAACAUGCAGAUGGGUCCAUUAGCGAGCCGUUUUCACGUUACUUUGUCAGCCUCGACGGUAAGCCUGGGGAAGAUGCUGUUGUGGAUGAUGAUCACAUUAGCAGGGAUCGCAAAAUCUUCACCAAGGCAGUUUUGCGAUCUUUCAUUAAGAGGACCGUCACGCGCGAAGCUUGGAAUGGUGCGCCCUGGCUAGUCAAACACGAGUACGCGGCCAUGCAUCACAUUGAUACCCGCAUUCCGAUUCACCUCCGGCACGAUACCAAGAUUCAGGAGCGCAAGCUCCUGUUGGCACAGAAGAAGGCACUUCACCCGACUAGCGCUAAUGGCGUGGCCAACAAUGCGGAGCCUGUGCGCCUACCCGAGUUGAAGCCUAUGCCUAAGAGCCACAAGGCCAAGUCUCAACAGACGGUCAUCGGCAUGGACAACUUCGCCAAGAAGGGCAAGGACAGAAGCAAGUUCGCCAUGUCUCCUGAUAGCUCCUUCCAGUUCCCAACUGGUCUACGUAAUGGUGUCGCGCACGUCGUGAGGCCCGCGACCCCUCCUCCGCCGCCUCCGCCAAAGUAUCCCAUUGAAGAUCUCCAGUCGGUUGGCCCGCUCCUGGAGACGUGGGACACCCUCAACGUCUACUGCGAAAUAUUUGUGCUUGACUCCUUCACCUUUGACGACUACGUCGAGGCCCUGUGCGUCACAUCCGAACAGGUCCCGACCCAACUGCUCGAUGAGAUCCACUGCAGUAUUCUCAAGAUCCUUGUAAAGUCGGAGGAAGACGGCGGCAAGGUCGAGAUCACGCUUCCCGAAAUCGAGGAGGAGGAUGAGGAGGACGAGGACGAAGACGAUGAGGCCACCCCCACGCCAGAGCCGGAGCCCCGACCCGCUAAGCGCGCAACAAGGAGCAGUCUCGCUAAGAUUGAGGCAGAGCGUUUGGCCGCCGAGGCCGCCGAGGCAGAACGCCAGAGUCAGGCGGAGAGGCUUGUGCAUCGGGCGGAGGAACUCCUCGAGGAUUUCGACUGGAUCGAGCACUUGCGAAAGCGCGACUUCAAAAACGGCGGCUGGGAGAUGAUUCUCGUCGGUCUCCUCCACCAGCUCUCCAAGAACGAGCGCAAGACGGAGCUCCAGCAGACGCUCAUUGAGCAGUACGCCGGCAUGGACGCCAACUUCCGCGUGCAAAUCAUUCAACUUUUGUGCAUGUUGACGAUGGAGACCAAGGCGGUCAGAGGGUAUAUGGAGGACUGCAGCGAGCAGAUGACGGCGUACCGCAAGGGCAAGAUUGAGUGGCAGCGGCAGAGGAAGCAAGCUUUGGAGGAGCUCAAGGCUCUGCAUGAGCAGCGCAAGAUUCUCCUACCCGAUAAUAUGCCCCCUCGCCGCCUCCGGAAACGGACAAGCCAGCGGAAGACGUCAAGAUGGCAGACGCCCCAUCUUCACCAACGGAAACGCAUGCGACGGAAGAAUCUGAGGAGGAGCUUGGGGCAGGAGAUCAAGAAGAAGGAGGAAGCGGAGCUGGCUGCCAAGGUGCCCAAGCAGUCGAAGCAGUUUAUCAAACUGCUCAAAGAUAUCCGCAGCAAGGAGGAGCAUAUCAAGAAAUGCGAAGACGAGAUUGCCGUGUUCGACAACGAUAUCCGCGAGGCCGACUGCCCGCGUACGCGGGUACUUGGAAAGGAUCGAUUCUGGAACCGUUCGACGGCCCACGCGGGGUACGCCAACGGGUGCAUUUGGGUGCAGGGCCCAGACGAGCUUGAGCGCCAAGGAUACAUUGACCUGCCGACCGAGUUCCAGAACGAGUACAAGGCCAAGUUCAACAUGACGGUGCCGGAGCGCAAGAAGCGCGAGGAGGGAUCGACUAGCCUCUACACGGCGCACCAUUGGGGAUUCUACUCGGAACCGGAGGAAUUGGAAGAGUUGCUCACCUGGCUGGAUCCGCGGGGUUACAACGAGCUCCGGCUCCGCAAGGAGAUUGUGGCCUUUAAAGACAAGAUUGUUCAGGGGAUGGAGAACCGCAAGACGUAUGUGUCGGUGGCAGAGCAGGAAGAGGAGGCGGAGGAUGACAACAAGAGCACGCGCAUGAGCACUAGGACCCGGGCACGGCCGACGCAGAGUCCGGAGCCGCAGAACUACAGGUGCCUCACGUGGGAGAACACGAUGGCGGCGAAGAAGCAGUCUCGCAAGAGGGGUGCAUCGACCGGGGGCGGGCCGCCGCGGAAGUCGCAGCGUCGCUAA